AUGGAAUCCAAGAUGGUGGGUCAGAAAAACAAGAAGAAAAGCAAAACACUUGGGGCCGUUGCCAGGGCUUUGUUGCCUUCAUCAGUUUUUGCUGCAGUGCCGAUAUCUGGCACCAGUCCGGCAGCAUUGACAGCUCCAUCACCUUCUUCUGGGGCAGCAGCUCAGCCAGGGACAUCAACAACUGCUGCAAGAAACCAGCGUCAGCCUGCGCCACCUUCUGAUGACUUCAGUGAACCAGAGAGCAGCUUGUAUGACUAUCAGCAAAUGCUCGAUGCAGGGUAUCAGACAGUUGGUUUUGGCACCUGGCCAGCACGAGGAAAGCAUGUGCAACAAGAGGCAGAGCGUCCGUCGUCUACGUUUCGUUCUUCUGGAGUUUAUGCAGAACCAGGUGACAUCGAAGGUGUACAGGGCAGAGAAAGUCCUGUGGUGGAGAUGAUUAAUUAUGUUUACGCCACACCCAUGAAGAAAGGUAAACAGAAAUCAAGCACUAAAAAUGAAAUGGAUGACAAAUCGUUGACAGGCACUCAGAAAAAUAUGCACGCCGAGAUGAAAAGAAUUCAUGAUUUGCCAGCAGAAGUCAGUGAAACAAUGACCCGCAGUGAAAGACAAGUGGUCAGUUCCUCGUACAAUAAGUUAGGCUCCAGUCAUUUGCCAGAUAGUGGUCGAGGAUCAACGCGUCCAGACAGCCCCGAAGACAAUGUUAAAUUACCUGAGCGAUCCCCGAACCUUGCCCAUGUUUCUGAGCAGUUGGUGCGGAACUGUCGCCAGCCGGCACCUGCUUUAGAUGUAUCCGCUGGUACAGAGGUCAGGCAUAGUGUCAAGGCCGGUGAAGUUGAUGAAACACCCAGAAUGCAACUUAGCGAUGCAGAGAUUCGUUUCCUCGGGAGAAUACUUGCAGUCAGCCAAGGAGGUCAUGGAUGGGAGCAUUUGCAUAGUUUAAGUGGUCGGUCUUCCAGAAAUGAUAAAUCCAAAAGUGGCCAAAAUCUGGCUGUUGGCGUCGAGGCUGAACAGCUGAAGAUGCAGAAUGCAGAACUGAAAGCUGAGCUGCAGACUUUGCGCAAAGUUGCUGAGGCGGUGCAGAAUGAAGACAUAGAAAGUGCAAGGACCUUGUAUUCCCAGAAGAACUUAAACACACUGAAAGAAGAGAAUGAAAUAUUGAAGUCUGCCGUCCACCGGUUAAACGUUGAACUUAGUGACUACCAAGCCAAAUUCAGACCCAUUGAUGAGGCUCAACUUCAGCAGACUAUAAAAAUCAACGGUCUUCCACCUGACGGCCCUGUACCAUCAUGGCUGAUCAGCAAGAAAUAUCUGGCACCUUUGUUCCUGGCAUAUGAUGACCAUCUGGCCAAGAAGGAUGAAAUCAUUGAACAUUUCAAAAAUGAGUGUGCUUCUAUCAAGACAAGAGUGGAGCAAGUUGUGGCAGAGAAUCAGAUGCUGCGGAGGACCGGAGCACCAGGACUAGGAGGCCAAGGGGACAGCACUGAGUGGAACCAUCUCCAGGAGCAGGCCAAACUGGUACUGGAGGAGAACCAGAUCCUGAUGGAGCAGCUGGAGGUUCAGACCCUGAAAUCCAAGGACAUGUACAAAGCACAGGAGACUGAAAUUUCAAGGAUGGCCAGAAAGCUGGCACUGUCUGAAGGAGAGAAGGCAGAUUUGGAACGGGAGCUGGAGCAGAUGAGAGUUCGUUUCCGAGAGAUAAAACACAAGCAUGACCAGUUGGUGAUGGAAUCAGAUUCUCGUGUUCAAGUGCACACACACAUCAACACAAUCUCUGACAUCAAGAGGUCAGUGACAGAGGAAAAGGAACUCAUUGAAAAGGAGAUUGAUUCAGUCAAGGUCAGGUUAAAGGCAUCAGAAGAGGAAAGGAGGAGAUUGGCCAACGAACUGAUAGAGUUGAAAGCUGAAAAUAAGGGCUGUAAAGCUGAGAUUGCAGCUCUCCAGAAAUCAUUUCAGCGUGCCCAAGAGAAGAUGUCCGUGUUGCACAGAGCUAUUGAACUUUCUGAAAACAAAGAGAUGGUCACCCAGGAACAACUAGCCAAUGUGAUCAAAGUGGCAGAAAAGACAGCCCUAGAAAGGGACACAGUUUAUCAAGUGGCUAGAGAGCAGCAGGAGGAGAGCAAGCAGACGAUGAACAGAAUGAUACAGGGCAGUGCCGCCACAGGAAAACUGCAGCUCAAGCUGAAGUUAUAUCAGAUGAAAGCUUCAGCCAAGUUAAACACAAUCGCUGAGAGGUUGCGAGAGCAAGAUGAGGCUUUCAACAGUCAACGGAAGGAAUAUGAAAGGGAGAUUCAACACCUGAGGUCACUGCUCAAGGAAAAGGAAGAGAUAAUAGAGUCGCUGCACACGGAUAAAAAAGAUGUGGAAAAAGAACUGGACACCAUGUGGCAGGUAGCAACAACGGAGAACAAACGAAUAAAAAACAUUUUACUCUGCGGCACAAGAAAGCUCAAGGACCACGUACACAUCACUGACGCACUCAAGCAAGAAAUGGAACAUGAAGAGAUCCUGCACUUGUCCGAUGACUGCAAACAGUUUUGA